ACCUAGCAACCUGUUGCUGUACACGACAAGCAAACAAACAGCUUUGUGAAGAAAUGAUCUGUCCUACCGUCGUGGUCGUUCUGAUUUUUUGAUUUCUGUAAUGGCUGAGAAAGAGGAUACGAAGAAGAAGACAAAAAAAAUGACACCAGGUGAAUCAGAGAAUCUCUCAAGUGUGGUUUCAGAAGCGCUUGCGGAGUUUCCAACUCCAGUGGUCCAGCCUGCAGAACCAACCCCCGAGUCUGAGGUUCCAGCUGUGCAUGUCUUUUCAGACCUAAUUAUUGAGAGAUAUGAAGGCAGCAGGUGUGCAGAGCUGUUUCACGGAGAAGGAGUUGCCUACUUUAGGGGUGGACAUGUAUACAAGGGAAGCUUUGUAGCUGGCUUUAUGCAUGGUCAUGGAGAAUAUGCGUGGGCAGAUGGUGUUAAGUAUGAGGGGGACUUUAAAUCAAAUGCUCCUAUGGGGCAUGGGACAUACACAUGGUUGGACUGUAGCACUUAUGAGGGUGAGGUAUGCAAUGGCAUCUGCCAUGGCACUGGAACUUACAAAUCUGCCAAAACCGGCUCAAUAUACAAAGGGCAAUGGCACAAAGGCAAAAGACAUGGCAAGGGAACAAUGUGGUUUAAUCAAGAGGCAACAUCGUGGUACAAGGGUGACUGGAAAAACAACCAUAGAGAAGGCUGGGGUAUACGGCGCUAUUCAUCAGGAGACAUAUAUGAAGGCCAGUGGAAGAAUAGCAUGAGACAUGAGGAAGGAACAAUGAAAUGGAUUCAGCUGGCUCAGCAGUACAGUGGGCAAUGGUUAAAUGGUGUUCAGCAUGGACAAGGGACACACACAAUCUUUCAGUGGCGUUUAACUGGCUCUCGGUACCCCUGCAAUAAUGAGUAUACAGGGGGAUUUGCUUAUGGCCUGCGUCAUGGUUACGGAACAUUUGCCUAUGCAAACGGAGCAGUUUACUCCGGAGGUUGGAAGAACAACAUAAAACACGGUCAGGCAAAGUUCAUUUCCAGAAUUGGUUGGUUAUAUGAAGGGAUGUUUAUUAAUGACCGUGUGCCAGAAAUACCAUCAUCAGUAUUUGCACUAGGUGGCUUCAAUUGUACAACUGAAAGUUCAGGCAUUAAACUCGCAUUAUGUGCUCCUGACCUGGCUAUGAACAUAGAAACUCUAUUAAACCAAAUUCCUGAAUCACAAAGGGAGGAGGAAUGCAGACAGGUUGAAUUUGCUGUUUCAAGAAACGGUGAAUUGCUAAGACUAAUAUACAGGCUGUACAGCAGCCUUGGACAUGAGGACUCUUCAGUCAAUAAUUACCUGCUCAGUCACCUACAGUUGUGGCGCUUUCUUAAGGACUGCAACAUCCACCAACAUGGAUUAACACUGGCACAGUUGGACCACCUUAUUAACAAGGACGUCUUUCCAGGGGAGGUUAUUUCACCUUUUAGUACGAUGUUGCCUAGACAGUGGAUUAGCUAUAUUGCCAUUGCAGCAUACCAUAUAUACCACAGAGACUUUGAUUCCAGAUCAGGUAUAUAUGUCCUUGAAGAGUGCUUUUCCAAGCUCCUGGAAAAGAACAUCAUUCCCAAUGCCAAGAAUGUAAAAGGUCCUCUAUACUGCCACCCUCUUCGUGCUGUGGUUGGCAUGAGCUAUACUGACAGAUGCUGGGAAAUAUACAAGACUGUCCCUAAAGUCAACUUGGAUGCCACCUUUGACAUCAUCAUGACUGCUAGACACUUCUUCUGGAUGUUUAAGGUUCUUGGUCUGUUUGACUGUACACUAACUACAACAAAAUUGCUGGAAAUACUUUCACAAGAGAAUCCUGCAGUCUAUAAUUCUACUCACAGUAACCUGGAUUUGGAGAUCACAUUUCUUGAGUUCUUUGAGGCUUUGCUGGCUUGUGCUGAAGUGAAGAACACACAAGGAAUCGGAACUGCACAAUGCAUACAGUGUGAGGAAUUUAAAUCCAAGGCAACACAACAGUCAUCUCAAACUGAAGAACUUAAAGAUGUUGCUGAAGACAGCAGACCAGAAGAAAGCCUGGAGGACUGGAUCAACCAAAUUCAUUGUUUCUUUAUACACAUAUUCUUCCCGGCGUAUGAACACACCCUGAUAUGGAAAAAGAAGAUGCAAGAGGAACGCCAAAGAAAAACUACAGACAACAAAAUCACUCUAGAAAUUGCCAAGGCGAAUGCUAAACUAAGAGAGCAGCAGAGGGCAGAGGAGGAGCGAUCUAAAGAAAAGAUUGAAGAAGUUGAAGACAGAAGCCAUGUGUUAGAUGAACAGAGCAGUUCACCAGUGUCCCCCUCCAGCUCUGUGGAUUUGAAGCAAUCACCCACCAGCAAAAAAAAGACAAAGAGAAAAUGA